AUGACUAUGGUUGAGAAGAGUAAUGUUUGCGGGAAUGGGAACGGCGCCUUGCAACUUGAUCCCAGGGAAAGUCCUGCGCCGGUAAAUCCAUUGGAAUAUCGCAACGAGCAUACGCUGGUGGAUUUACCUCCGUCGCAGGGAGACGGGGAACAGAACUACAAGGAGCUUGAGAAGCGGGAAGCGGCUGAGAUGGAAAAUGGCCGAAUGUUUGACUUCCACGAUAAGUGGCUGCACAGUUUUUCAGAGAAACCGUUGACAAGCCGCAGUCAGACCCGUUCCCAAAGCUACAGGCAACGUUCACACGAUGCGCAAACGGCUUCGGUGAGUGCCCCAACAGAUGUGAUGUCAAAUAUGCGAUUCCGCUGCCUCAUAAAUUCCGCUCGCUGCGCUGCAUACCGCAGCACCUGUUCCAACAGCUACACGAAGUGUUCCGAGCCCCUCACGCUGGCGGAGCGGAUAUCUAUACAAAACAUGAUGGAGCGCGAGGAACGGCGCCUGAAUGUUCUUCAACGUGCAGCCGAAGAAUACGACAGACGUGGGAAAUUAUUGAUUGAUUAUGAACUUCAAAAGGAAUCCGCCUCACUUCACCGCAUCAUAGAGCUUGAAAAAAAGAAAGUUAAUACUACCAGAGAGCGGCAAUGUAAACUAAAUAAUCGUAUGGAACUGGCGAAAAUGCGACGGGAAAUGAUGGAACGGGAGCGGCGGGAGAAAUUGGAAGAGGCUCUUCGGCGUUUGGAAGAACGUGUCGGACACGUCGACCCGUACGCGGUGCAGAUUUCCAGAAGAAUAAACAAAUGUUUUACUACCCCCCCACUCUCCCAAAGGAAACAACAAACCCCUAUACGGUAG